AUGCCGCGGAACGAAGUCGAGGUCAAUAUCUUCCCUGGAGAUCCUAUGCCGAUAAUCUCUCCAAUGGCUCCUGAAAUACUAAACAUUCCCAACCCGGGGAAAAUAAAAAUCCCAAAUAUGGCAGCGUUUGACGGCACGUCGUGCCCCGAAGAACACUUGAUGGCGUACAAAAAUUUGAUGGUGCUGCACACUACCAAUCUUUCCUUAUGGUGUAAAUUUUUCCCAACUACCCUUACGGGAGCAGCUUUGACGUGGUACACCUCCCUUCCACAAGGAAGUAUCCACAAUUUUGCCCAAUUAGAAGGCAAAUUUCUGGGCCACUUUAUAGCCUCAAGAAAGCAGGAGAAAUCAAACUUCCACCUACUUAGUAUCAUUCAAUUGGAAGGAGAAUCCAUAUCCUCCUAUCUGAAGAAAUUCCAUGAGGCGGUGCUAGAGGUGACGGAUUUAGAGGAAUCAGUCACCUUAAACGCCCUUAUCAAUGGAAUGAAGGCUCAAAGGCUCAAGUUCCAGUUGGCACAUGACCCCAAGAGGCGGAAGUCUGACAAGAAAGACGUCGCAACUCCCCACCAAUCCUCGAGGAACAGAGAAGAGCACCAGCCGAGGAGGGAAAGAAAUUACACGCCGCGUCGUCCCGCGCCCCCUUCAGACAUGGGACCCCCGCGUUCCCAUCACAUUUAUACCGCGGCAGAGGAAUCCAGAACACGCAAUUUGUUAGACGGAGGAAACGACCCGAUGUUUAAUCGAAACAGAAGGGAUAUUUUCUUUGCUGUUCGCGACAAGUUGCCAACUCCACCUCCCACUACCACUCCUUCCAACAGGCGCAAUUACAAUUUGUGGUGUGACUACCACAAAGAGCACGACCAUACCCUCGCCCAAUGUCGCGAACUCAAGCGUAUCUUGUAUCAGCUGGCCGCUGAAGGAAAGCUUUCCAAGUUCCUCAACAAGAGGGACUAUGACAUGGGAGGAGGAGCAAACAGAAGGCAGUGGAAUCAAAGACGCGGAUCCCCCAAGAGGAAGAGGCAAGGCGCGAAGGUUCCCAUACACAAGGGACCAUCAACAUGA